AUGUCCGAACCCACAGCCUCGGCCGCAAAGGUCCAGGCGGCAGCUUUCCCAGAUGGCACAACCGACUAUGUGCCUCUGCGGUCUAACGCCAAGUACGAUCCCAAGAAGGUGCACAUUUCCGACCUGCCCAUGACCUGGGGCAACUGGUACAAGCACAUCAACUGGCUCAACGCCAUCUUCAUCGUCUUCAUCCCGCUGGCCGGUUUUGUCUCCUCCUACUGGGUGCCUCUGCACCUUUCCACCGCCAUCUUCUCUGUCAUCUACUACUUUAACACUGGCCUGGGCAUCACAGCUGGCUACCACCGUCUCUGGGCUCACUCCUCAUACAAGGCCACUCUCCCUCUGAGAAUCUACCUCGCUGCCGUUGGAGCUGGUGCCGUCGAGGGCUCCAUCCGCUGGUGGUCAAGAGGCCACCGCUCUCACCACCGAUACACAGACACCGACAAGGACCCCUACUCCGUCCGCAAGGGUCUCCUGUACUCCCACAUGGGCUGGAUGCUGUUCAAGCAGAACCCCAAGCGCAUCGGCCGCUGCGACAUUAGCGACCUCAACGAGGACAGCAUCGUUGUCUGGCAGCACCGCAACUACCUCAAGUGCGUCAUCUUCAUGGGCCUCGUCUUCCCCACCAUGUUCUGUGGCCUCAUGUUCGACGACUGGCUGGGUGGCUUCGUCUACGCCGGCAUCCUGCGCAUCUGCUUCGUCCAGCAGGCCACCUUCUGCGUCAACUCCCUGGCCCACUGGCUCGGCGACCAGCCCUUUGACGACCGCAACUCACCCCGUGACCACGUCAUCACCGCGCUCGUCACCCUCGGCGAGGGUUACCACAACUUCCACCACGAGUUCCCGGCCGAUUACCGAAACGCCAUUGAGUGGUGGCAGUACGACCCUACCAAGUGGAUGAUUGUCUUCUGGAAGUGGACUGGCCUGGCCUACGACCUGAAGCAGUUCCGCGCCAACGAGAUCGAAAAGGGCCGUGUCCAGCAGCUCCAGAAGAAGCUCGACCAGAAGCGUGCCACCCUCGACUGGGGUACUCCCCUUGAGCAGCUCCCCGUUGUCGACUGGGAUGACUUCGUCGCCGACUCCAAGAACGGAAAGGCCCUCGUGGCCAUUGCUGGUGUUAUCCACGACGUCGGCAACUUCAUCCGCGAUCACCCCGGUGGCAAGGCCCUGAUUUCCUCCGCCAUCGGCAAGGACGCCACGGCCAUCUUCAACGGCGGUGUCUACAACCACUCCAACGCCGCCCACAACCUGCUGUCCACUAUGCGUGUCGGUGUCCUCCGCGGCGGCUGCGAGGUCGAGAUCUGGAAGCGUGCUCAGUUCGAGAACAAGGACGUCACCUACAUCAACGACUCUGCCGGCCAGCGCAUCGUCCGUGCUGGCUCCCAGGUCACCAAGGUCGCCCAGCCCGUUGCCAGCGCCGACGCUGCUUAA